AAUGCGAUUAUUACAAUUGACGAUCGUCAGCUCGCGCAACUGAUAAAUUCUCUUCGAUAAACGAACAUCGUAUAACAAUAUCGCAAGGAAUAAAAGUAGCAUUACCGCAGAAGUGGUGCGUGAUUUUUGAGCGAAUCGCAAUUUUCGCAUUGUUCUCUCAUGGAUAUAAUAAAAUGCGUAUCGCAUGUGAUUAAAGUCGGGACUGUCGUACAAAGUGUCGUGCGAUUUAUUCGUCGUAUUUUGCUGAUCGUAAUUAACCGCGUUUUCACGAGUGAGUGCAAUUCGUGAAGGAAUAGCAAGGGAUGAUAAGAGAGGAGGAGGAGGUCCAGGGAGACAUCGGGCAACGGCGGAGUGAUCGUUGGAUCAUCAUUGUGUAUUGCAACUCCGCCGCUGCGCAUCGUACUGAACGAUCUAUCUACGGAGCAAGCAUGGAACCCAUCACAACGAUUACGCGGCAUAGUUAAGAUCGGGCGGUUGAUGCCUGAUGGCGCGGGCUGGAACACAACGCUGGAGAAAUCCUGCUCCAGAAGGUGACGAUGUGCAACGAUCGAUCGAGCUGUUGGACAAGGUGCUCUCCGAGUACGACGAGCACGUUGAGGCGGAGGGCGAAGGUGGCGGAGACAGCGGUAGCGGAGGCGGAAGCGGCGAUAGAGGUGGCGGCGGGAACGGAAGUGGCGUGGGUGGCGUCGGGGAUUGCGGCAGCAGCACGGAGCCGAGUAUUGGCCUCACGCCCGACGACGAGAGUCCGUCCUUAGGACACCAAUCCGAGGACGACGGUUACAUGAGCAUGAACGGUCGAAAGGCGAAGAUGGCAUUGGUAGCAUUACGCCCGGUCCCGGACUGUCCGGAGCCACAGGAUUUCGCGGGCGUCUCCUCGACACAGGAAUUUCCGCCACCCCCGGAAGAGGCCGAACGUAUCAUCUCGACUCUCCUGCCAAUGGUUUCCCCGGGAAACUCGUCCAAGAGAAACGUCGUGGGCCCGGAGCGGCGAAAUAACGGCCGGCAACAGUGGAUGGUGGAGGAUGGCAUGCGGCAUGGAAACGCCGUUACCACGCAAACUACCCUCCCCAAGACCCGUCAUCAGCGGCCCUACGGCUGGGAGAACGGGACCGUGGAGUCGCUGCGACUGACCCAACUGCCUAGUCCGCCCAGUAAGUUCGCCAGUUUGCCAUACGACGGCAAAGUGUCCUUCAACUGGAUCCCACCGAGGACAAAUCCAAGCGCAGUGGAGAAGCACCGCGAGGUGCGCCGCCGCUCCUCGGAGGAAUGUCUGGACGAUACGUCCGUGGGCAACCGUCAGCAGCACGAGAGGGACAGUCCCGAGAGGGGAGAUCGCGCGACGUCCCAUCCGCUGAGAAAGUACUCGUCGCAGCAACGUCAGCAGAAUCACGAGAUCAUGAAGUCGAGCAGCGUGGAGGACCGUUUGCUGAUGAACAGGGGCUCGGACGCGAAGGACGCGUCGUCGUCGGCGGCGCAGCGCCGGAGUCGCAACGACUCGGACUCGAGCGAGGGCCGGUUCUCGAGGAAUUCCGAGUCCGAGAGCCGGUCGUCGAUACCGCGCUCGAGCUCGGUCAGCGUCGAACGUUUCUCGAUGCGCGCCAACUGCGACUCGUCCGACUUCUCGCGCGCCAACUCCACGUCCAACGAGCGCUUCCACUCGGACUUCUCGAUAGCGGUGGCGAGCGCGAGCUCCAACGAUCACGUGUCCGUGCCAACCUCCGACCCGUUUUCCAUACGGAAUCUCGACUUCGUCUCCUACUCGCGCGCGGACUCGUGCGAACGUUUCUCCGCGCCAACGUCCGAUCGUUGUUCCGAGGAGCACUACUCCGACCUGUUCUCCACCCGUAACUCGGACUUCUCCGCCCGCAACUCGGCCGAUUUCAGGACGCAGUCCGAGGAGGAGCGCUUCUCCGACGACUCUCUGGAAGAGCUACUGCCGCCACCGCCGCCCAUCAGCAAGAGACACUCCAUCGCGUGGGAGGUGUCCCUGGAGGAUGAUCCCCUGUACGCGCCCGGUAGCACUAAGGUUGUCGGUAGGAGACGACGAAAGAGCAGCGACGUCUCGAGCGUAGGUUCUGCGUCGAAGCUGCGCGACUUCGACGAUUGGCAGGAUCCACGGCUAUCGACGACCGACGAUGAUCUGAUUUCGCCGUACUCGGAUUCGUCCACGAACGAUCUUGAUCAGAUACGACCGCAGGAACUCACGAAGAACGGCACAUAUGUCAUAAGACGCGGCCGCAAGAAGGAGCGCAAGGUUCUACCGAAAACACCGACCAAGACCAAGAGUCUGUCCUUCGAGAACGGUGAGGAAAGCCGACUGUCGGACGUGAAGCGAUACUCGAGCACUUUCGACAACAUCAAGAGCCUGCUGAAGGAGGGCAAGCUCGAGGGCCUAGACGAACCGCCGCCGGAAUUUGCGGCAUCGGUGCCACCGCCGGAUCUCAUCCGGGUCGUGUCGAUGCCGGCGAUCAACAACGAUCCCAACAAUCGAGCCCAACUGGAAAUUACCGUGGAGGAGGAAGAAACGUCCGAUAUCUCCGACAAGGAUAAGGAGCGUGACAACAUCGAGCUACCGCGACUACCGCCAUCGCCGCUCGACGAAGAUCGAAUAGAUGUAUCGCGUCUGGAUAGAUCGAGAGAUUGCAACGUCGUACCGACGGCACCUAACCUGGACACCGGCAACUCGUCGGCGAACCCUGGCGAAUCGCAGACGACGAAGAAGAAACUCGGGGCUGCGGUAAGCGAAGAGCGAUUGGUCUCCAAGAUUCCGGUGAAUCUGUUGAUCGAAGAUCAGAUCGUGAAGAAGGCGCUCAAAGAGAACCGUCGGCAGCUGGAAAAGGUGAGCGAUGCGAUCAAGGAGAUCGAGAACGUGAAGAACAGCGAGUCGUAUAGCGAGAGCAAGCGCUGGCGAAACGGCGAUCUGAGGCAGAACAGCUCGAAGCGCAACAGCUUCGAGAAUGAGCUGCCGAUAACGCACGACGGCCGGAAACCCGUAACGGUCGACGGCAGUCCUUUCGACGGCAGGUCCCGCAGCAAGCAGCAGCAGCAACAGCAGUACAGUUCCGACUCGGAGACGUCCAAGGCUAGCUCGGACGCGGACUUUGCCGACCGGAAAAAAUUGAACGGCGUUGCCGAUGUAGUUUAUUCGUCCGGCAGACGGCUGCGCCAGAAUGGCAUCGAGAGCCACAAGAACGAUCAGAAGCAGAUCGAGAACGUGAUCGACGCCAUCCUGGAGGACUCGAAGAAUCCGGAGUUCCAGGUGAGUGUCGAAGUGAUGGAGUUUCCGCCGUUACCACCCUCGCCCGUCGAAGAAGCCGACGAGGAGAGCUGUUCGGACAUCGGCCAAGGUGCCAUGAUGACACCGCCCAAGUCCAAGAGUCACAACCGGACCAUAGAAUACAGGCCGAGGGUGCCGCCUCAUCGUGUCCCGCCGGUCAUCGACCCGAAGGAGCAGGCUUCCUUGAACACCAGGUCCAUGGAUGCCGGCUACGCCAGGGGGAGACGCACACCGACUACCAGUAAUUCCAGACGAGAGGUACCCGUGGAGCGAAGGACUUUGCCUACUGAUUUACCGGGACCCUCCCGCCGGCGACCGUUCACGAAGAGACAUUCGCCAUCAGCGGAGGCCUGCUCCUCUGGAGGUAGCAGCGGCGGCGGCGGCGGCGGCGGCGGUGGCGGCGGCGGAAGUGGAGGUGGAGGUGGUGGCAGCGUCGUCACCAGCACCGGUUCCGGGAUGCAGACGUCGUGCUCUCUGCCAGAGACCCCGGUGUUCGCUAGAGGCAGCGACAUCCCUAGAACACCUCAGCACGCCGGCAAUCCGACGCAGUCGAGACGACAACCCGGCUGGUACGCACCCACCACGGCUACCGGCUAUCGGCGGAACAAUCCUGGCCUGGAGCAAGCCAUAAUCGGCACCGAGCUACUCCGGUUGGCGGGGGGCCCGAAUCGCGGAUGGUAUCCCACGAGAAAGGCGAAUCAACCGCGGCCGGCGUCGAUUGAACAUCUCGAGCGACUCAAUAACGCCUACGACGCGCGGCUGCCCGGCACCGGGGACCAGAGGAAACCGCUGACCCUGCCGACGAACAUCACGCCCAACAAAUACUUCGGCCAAAGUAAGCACAGCUCCGCCUCCAGCACUCGCGAGGCGCUACGGAGGGUCACUAGCUUGCUCAUCAAGAAAGGAAGCGGCAGCAAAGACGGGAAGAACAACAAGGACACCAACUCACCCUCUGGUCCUUAUGCCGCGGGGGAAAACGCUUCUGUUUCAGGCGCGGAAAGCGGCGACGCGCCCAAGAAGAAGGGUUUCUUCAAGGGCUUUUGGAAGAGAUCGCGCCACUACUCCCUGGAGAACCAAUAGCCCAGGUGCGCGAGGGUGACGAGCCACCAUCAGCGGAACAGGCAGCUGCGGCAGCAGCGACAGCGGAGCAUCGCCACCACGACGACCCUCGCGAACAAUCCCUGCUGCUGCAUCGUCCAGUAACCCCGAUUUACACGUGUAUCGACCGCGACCCUCAUCCCUCCCCCUCUCCAAACGGGUGUUUGUCUUCUCGCGUGCACGCUCUCGACACGAUGCCGCUAUUCGCGCGCACAAAUCCGAUUAAUUGCGUUUAUUUUAGCAAUCAACCCCUGAAUCGACCAAUUACUAAUGAUAAAAUAUGCUCUUUAUGAUUUUGCCUUUGAGUUUAUUAAGCGACAACUCGCGCGAAAGAUUACUCUUCAAAAAUUAUAUCAUUCUCCCUCUUUCUGAAAUCUGAAUCUAAUAUCUGUACAUAAAUUAGAAUGGCAUAAUCGACUUUUAUAAUCGCCAUUGACAGAUUAAAAACGACAUCCUUUCCCGUCUUAUCCUGCCGGAGAACCAAACGACAUGAUUUUUCAGGUUCGCCGCAAAAGGGUGAGUCUUUGCGUGUCAUUCGGUUUCGCUUUCAUAAGUUGAUUUUUCUUUUUUUUUUCUACAUUUCGUAAUAAAUUAAUCAUUUUAAUCGAGAAUAUAGACAAGAAAUUGUUCGACAAUUUUUCAAAAAUUCCAGAACUCUUCCGCACGAUAUACUAGCCUUUAUCGAUAUUACGUUAUUAGUCAUCUCAAAGAGAUUCGCGCGAUGUCGGGUCACUUUCGCGGGAGAACGUGUCACGGUCUAGAGAGCUGGAACGCGAGAGUCGUCCCAAAUCGAAAUGCUUCUUCACGGUGUCUUCGUCACGCUGCCUGUCACGCCGCGUUGAGUUGUCUCGCCACGCGUUAUCACAAGCCUAAAGUGAUUCGCGAUUCGCGCUUACGAGGAAUUGCGUGCGGACGUGAUUCUCGCUAAUCGACGAAAGUCGAGAGACGCUCACGUUCCUUUCUUUUCUUUCUAAAGAACCUCAACGAUGUUGUACAUCAGCGAUGUCUAAUUAUCCUUCUUUUUCGAACAAAUUAUUUUUUGCUAUCAUUAAUUUCGACAAAAAAAAAAAGAAUCUUAAUUUUUCUUUAAUGUAUGAGAUUUUUUCGGAAACAUGUAUAAUUAAUGUGUUCAUAGAGGAGAAUAUGAAAUAUGAAUCUCUUUUAUUAGGAGCCUAUUUAAAUUGUCCUGAUUAGAAUCAUUAACGUAGGAAUUGUUUAAUUUUGUUAAUAAACUGAGUUUCUCUCUCGAAAAAGAAGAAAAGCCUGAUUUUUAAAUAAACAUUUUUACGUAGCGCUAUUUCAAUUUUUGACACGAUAAUAGAUCGAAUACUUCUUUUUUUUUUAACGCUACGAUAAAUAUUUUUUGUCGUCAAUCGCGUUUUCGUUAAUCGGCGAGAUCGCGUGCUUUCAGUUCCAAUCUUUCCACCAUUCUCCUUUUAUAAUCGAAAAAUAACGCACGCCGCGCGCGUUGUAGAAAUGAGAAACGAGAAAACAGAGUAAUAAAAUAAUAAACGAUUCAAUAUACAGAGUAUUCGAGUAUAUAUAUUUGAGUAUACUCAAACUUUUAUUAUUAUGCGUGCGAGACGGAGGAGUAUAAGAGCGAAAGAAUGAGAGAGAGAGAGAGAGAGAGAGAGAGAGAGAGAAAGUGAGAGAAGCGGGCGCGAGUGAAAAAUGAAAGAGAUAUCACACCGCGCAUUAUUAUUGAUUACGAUUGUAAGUUUAUAGAAUCAUUAAUACGUUGUAACGUUAUUAUUAAUGGGACGAUUACACAAACGCAUACAUAUACAAGCGACACACAAUACACACACAUACAUAUAUAUACACACCCCGAGAUACGCGUUAACGAUAAUAAGAAUAAAAUACUAUUGAUUAACAUUAUUACCGAUAAUAUAAUUAAUUGAAGUUAAUAGCUGAUAAUGUAACGAAGAGAGAAGUGACGAUGAUGAUGAUAACUACGAUCGCAUGUAUUUAAUAGAGUUUUUAAGUCAAUGUAUCGCGUUCAUCCCAUCGGAUAUCUGACAAAGACGACCGGCAAGAGACUACAAUCGGAAAUCGGUCGAAUGCCAAAGAUUGUUCCGUGGUGUGUCGAGCUCGAAGAAACUGUAGGAGAGAAAACUGUCGACGAACCUUUCAGCCUAGCGCGUAAUAUAUAUAUUUAUAUAUAGAUUUGUAAAUUAUUUUCUAUCUCUCUAGAAUUUUCGUAUACUCUCGCGACGCUUAAAUUUGAAAUGAUUAAAAAUGAAAAAAAAAAGGAAAUUUUUGAUUUCCCUUUUAUAUCGAUCGAAUGCGAACGAAAAAAAAAAAUUCAUUUUUCUUUCAGAUAACAGUAUUUGAAUGUACAGAGUAAUUUAGGAAGAAAGUCUCAGGGGCAAUAGGAUAUUUAUUAUUAUUGAAAAUUUUCCCGAACAAAAAACGAUAUUUCGCUUUAGCGGAAUGUGUUAAUCCUCUUGCCUCUCUGACAUUCCCGAUUACUCGCCAAAUGUUAGACAAAUUUUUUGAGGCGCUUGAGAAAUAUAAUUUAUCUUAUUAAAUGUAUCCUACUUUUCAUUUCUCUCUAGAGUUCGUCAAACUCCGCCAACAGAUUUACGAGACGGCUGCUAAACUGUUCAUUUUAUUUCUCUAUUCCUUGUGUCAUCGAUAACGAUCUGUAUCCCGUUAAUAGAGGGAAAGAAGCAAGAUUAUAAUUGCAUGACGGUGCGUUUUGGACAAAAUCUCGGUUAAUCGCGAAAUUUUCGAAACGGUACGCGACGUUGAGGUUCCUCGAUCGGCAAUGGACAAUGGGCAUUCACGGAGCGUCCGUCACGGCAAGGUACAAACUGUUGGCUAAAACUUUGUUGUUCAUCCGUCGACGUUACCGAUAAGUCUUAAAGGUAAUCUAGAUAAGCGUAAACUGCGGAGCGUUAACGAUUUUGCGCGCUGCUCCCAUUAAGUCUAUCUCAUCACUGCCGCGUCUCGCAGGUCAGAUCAGAUCAAGUUGAACCUUGACGAUUCUAAAGCAUGGAUGGAUAUUAGGAGUGAGAAUUUAAUCUGGUCAAUUUUUAUAUCUGAAUAAAUUUUUUAUUAAUUAAAUAAGUUUUAUAUUUUUUAAUUAAAUAACCGAUACUAGAAUCUGAAUAAUUAUAGAGAUAAAAAUUAUAGAAAGUCUCAAAUGUGGCAUGUAAAUCAUAAAGAACGACACUCCAAUCUUUUUCUCAUAGAUCUUUUAAAAACUUAAUCUUGGUACAGAAUGAAAUUAAAAGAUCAAUCAAUGCAAGAACGAAAUAGAUGCAUGGAUUUGUCUCAUUCUUGAAUUAAAGUUUUAAUUCGGUUUCGCGAUAUCGUCUAGUUUAUUCACGUGCCAAGAUUAGGAAGCUAGAGGAUAAUGCAUUCAAUUAAUGCAACGUGUCGUACAUAAUAAAAUCGUAAAAAUACGCCGCAUUGCGUACACGUUUUCCCACCAUCCGCAGAGAUCCGGUGUCAUCUGCGAGACGCUGCUUAACGAACGGCCUCAUAUUGAGGUCACGUAAUCACGAUCAACGAGAUCACGUUUGAUUGUGAGAUAUGAUCCCCACGAGAGACUGCAGCGUCUUCGAAUACGAGCUGCGAUCUAUCGAUUCCGCGAGAGAAUCCAUUUUCCAAAUGAAAUGCGCCCUUUCUUCCAAAAUAAUUUCGCACAUUUCUGAAAUUAAUUUUACUCUACACGUUUUCAUUACUAUUUGAUAUUUUUAUAAAUAAAUGUCCUCGUGUCGGAAUCGCAGAUUGCAGUCUCCCGUAGAUCACGUCUGUCGGAUAGCAAACGAAUCACAAUGCGAUGACUAAUAUCGCGAAAUAGUCGUUUCGCUUUCAUUGUUAGAUUACCGACUGUCACGAUCCUCGUCGUUGUUUCACGUCACGUCACGACGAAGACAACGAGCGAACUCGGAAACGCGCCGGGAUGAAUCGCGGCGAAGAGAGAGACCCGGUCUUUUUUCACGAGCGUAGAUAAUAGAAUCGAUGGGUAUUCGCGCAGAGACGAACCUCGACGCGACACGCGGUGAACCGAAUCACCGCGUCAAAAUCCUUUGAGAGAAGGAAGAGAAUCCACAGGCUCGGAAUAAAUAGAAGUAGUAGCUAAGCACCAAACCGCAUGCCUUAUACGCGAGGAUCCGCGCGCCGACACCAUCCCGAAGGGACGCGAUCUCCCCUUCAUAUAAUCUCGAUAUCAUAAUAUAUAUUAUUUUAUUUUAUAUUAUAUAUAAUUUAUAUAUAUGUAUGUAUGUAUAUUACAGUACGUAGUUACGUCUUGUAACAUUUAUAAACUCGAUAUUAAUACCUGAAAAUAAAAACCGCAAAUGGAAUUCAAACCACGAUUGUAUACCAUAUCUUUUAUCGGUCAUAGGGAAAAAA